AUGGAAAAUUAUACAUCUGACAGUAGUGACAGUGAAAAUAGUGUUAAAGUAAUUGAUUAUGCAUACCUACUGCUCAAACCUGAAGAGACAGAAGAUAAAUUAGAGAAAUAUUUUGAUGAAAAGAAAUCAUUUGCAUUAGUUGAAAAGUUAAUACUACAUCACAAUCAACUUAUUACACUGCCUGACUCUGUAUACAAGUUUUCUAAUACAAGAGUAUUGGAUAUAAGCAAUAAUGGUAUUACUACCUUGCCAGAUGUAUUUAAAUACCUUCCAUUGACCAGUUUUACUGCCAAAAAUAAUUUACUAACCUGUAAUUCUAUACCAAAGAGUUUUGAAAAGUGCCUAUCUUUAAUUGAGCUUAAUCUAAGUGGAAACCAUCUAUGCCAUUUUCCAGAACAAAUCCUGGAUUUCAUUGGAUUAAAAUUUUUAUAUCUUGGGGGAAAUGGAAUGGUCGAGAUAUCCAAAAACAUUUGGAAGUUACAAAAUUUGCAGAUGGUAUCCUUUGGAGGAAAUAAGCUCACAGAAGUCCCUGCGGCCAUUGGCCUUUUGCAACAUUUGCAAGCCUUAGUAUUAUGUGAUAACAAUAUCGAAAGUCUGCCAGCAAAUAUAGCCAAUUUACACAAACUGAAGACCUUACUUCUGCACAAAAACAAAUUAAGGACGCUGCCUCCGGAAAUCGUGGCAUUAAAAAAUCUCUCCGAGUUAAGUCUGCGUGAUAACCCACUAAUUAUAAGAUUCGUCAGUGAGAUGAGUCACAGUCCUUCAAGUUUGUUAGAACUGUCGGCAAGAGCUAUCAAAUUGUAUAAUAUUGCAUAUGAACCAGGAGAUAUACCUGUCACACUGUUUAAUUAUAUAAACUCUGGUCAUCAUUGUGUUAAUCCACAUUGCAAAGGUGUAUACUUCGACAACCGUGUGGAACAUAUCAAGUUCGUAGACUUUUGUGGAAAGUACAGAAUCCCACUGCUCCAAUAUUUGUGUUCUUCCAAAUGUGCCAAUACUGCCUCUGUAAGAGAAUGGAAAGAUGAAAGUAUCGAUAGACCGUCGAGAUCCUACAUGAUGAAGAAAGUCUUGUUGGGUUGA